UUCUUUUUCAACCUCAACAAGUUUCUAUUCACCUUCCUCAAGAGGCACCACUGAAUUGGACAAAAGGGACAUAUUCCGAAUAACACGUGCGACGCGCGUGAUGAUGAUGAUAUACCGUAUUUGAAUUGCACCGAAGCGCCUUUUUCUCCCAUGCAGUUGAAUACAAACCUCACACGUUCUCAUUUCAAAUAUCCGUUACUCCAAAAACGUAAACCCCUUUCAUUUCAUUCUCCAACGCAAAUUUUCCAUUCUCUUCCAUCUUCAACGUUCAUCAGCUCCCACAAUUUCUACCUGUUUUAUACAAUCCACAACUUCACCAGCUCCAAAAUCUAUGAUCAAUCCAAUGCUGCAUUGAUUUUUGCAUUCAAUUCGGGGUUUAGGUUUUCCAUGUUAGCUUGAAAUGGAGAACACAGAUUCCACACAGAGCGUGCGAGUUGCCGUCAACAUUCGGCCUCUGAUCACGUCCGAACUUCUCCUUGGUUGCACAGAUUGCAUUUCUGUUGUUCCUGGCGAACCUCAGGUGCAAAUUGGAUCUCAUUCCUUUACGUAUGAUUAUGUGUAUGGUAGCACGGGACAACCUUCAUCUACUAUUUACGAUGAUUGUGUAGCACCGCUCGUUGAUGCACUUUUCAAUGGAUAUAAUGCCACGGUUCUCGCUUAUGGUCAGACCGGUUCUGGCAAAACAUACACUAUGGGCACCGAUUAUAACGGAGCGGGAAGUAGUGGUGGAAUUAUACCGAAGGUCAUGGAAACCAUAUUCAAAAGAGUUAAGAGUAUGGAAAACUCUACAGAGUUUUUGAUUCGAGUUUCAUUUAUUGAGAUAUUCAAGGAAGAGGUUUAUGAUUUGCUUGAUCCCAAUUAUUCUAGAGGAGACAUAGCAUCUACUGCAAAGAUCACUCUGCCCAACAGAGUUCCAAUACAAAUCAGAGAAACAACAAAUGGAGGAAUAACGCUUGCUGGUGUGGCCGAACCCGAAGUUAAGACAAAAGAAGAAAUGGCAUCAUAUCUCUCAACUGGUUCAUUGUCACGUGCCACAGGGAGUACUAACAUGAAUAGUCAAUCAAGCCGCUCACAUGCUAUAUUCACAAUCACUAUGGAGCAAAAGAAGGGCGAUGAUAUCUUAUGUGCCAAAUUUCAUUUAGUGGACCUAGCUGGUUCUGAACGUGCAAAACGAACUGGUGCAGAUGGCAUGCGUUUAAAAGAAGGAAUUCAUAUCAACAAGGGUUUACUGGCUCUUGGAAAUGUAAUUAGUGCUUUGGGAGAUGAAAAAAAGCGAAAAGAAGGAGGUCAUGUGCCAUACCGGGAUAGCAAAUUAACACGACUUUUGCAGGAUUCUCUUGGAGGAAACAGCAAAACAGUGAUGAUAGCAUGUGUUAGUCCUGCUGACUCAAAUGCUGAAGAGACAUUGAACACUUUAAAAUACUCAAACCGUGCUCGCAACAUUCAGAACAAGGCGACUAUUAAUCGUGAUCCAGCGGCUGCUGAAGUGCAGACAAUGCGGAAUCAAAUUGAACAGUUGCAAGCUGAGGUUUUAUUUUACAGAGGCGAUACAAGUGGACCAUUUGAGGAGAUUCAGAUUCUUAAACACAAAAUAUCCUUACUCGAAGCAAGUAAUGCAGAACUAAAACAGGAGCUUAAAAGGCAGCAAGUAACUUCCGAGAGUUUAGUACAACGUGCUCUCGAUGCCCAGGUUGAAAGAGACAAGCUUAUUCUGAAAAUAGAAUCAGUUCGAAACGGUAAAUCAUGGGAUGAGGUUGACUCAAAUUCAAAUCAGGAUUAUGAUCUAGUGAAAUCUUAUGUCUCAAAGGUCCAAGUUCUGGAAAGGGAAUUGCUACGUUUGAAAACUCCGAAAUCCAUGAGUUCUAGCCAUUUUGUUGAUUGUGCUGAUUAUGAUGACGAUGGAUAUGGGUUAAAUGAGUUUUCCUCUGAUUGUCAUGCCAAAGCUAUGGACUUAACAGAUGAUACAGAAGAUGAUGAAAAGGAGCAAGAACACUCAUCUCUUCAAGAAAAGUUGGAUAAAGAGCUCAAAGAAUUGGAUGAGAAACUUGAACAAAAAGAGGCUGAAAUGAAGUUGUACAGUAAUUCUGAUACUUCAGUUAUCAGGCAUCAUUAUGAAAAGAAACUCCUUGAGAUGGAACAAGAGAAGAAAGUUUUGCAGAAAGAAAUUGAGGGUCUUAAGUUUAAUCUCUCAAAUAUUUCAUCCACAUCUGGUGACGGUGCUCAAAAGUUAAAGCAAGACUACCUUCAAAAGUUGAAUUCUCUUGAAGGACAGGUAUCUGAACUGAAGAGAAAACAAGAAGCUCAGGCUCAACUCUUGAAACAAAAACAGAAGAGUGAUGAGGCUACAAAACAACUUCAUGAUGAAAUCCAAAGAAUUAAGGCCCAAAAGGUUCAACUUCAGCAGAAGAUUAAGCAGGAGUCUGAACAAUUUCGGUUAUGGAAAGUUACCCGUGAAAAAGAAGUUCUCCAGCUUAAGAAAGAAGGAAGAAGGAAUGAAUACGAGAUGCAUAAGUUGCUAGCCUUGAAUCAGAGACAAAAGAUGGUAUUGCAAAGGAAAACAGAAGAAGCUUCAUUGGCCACUAAAAGGCUGAAAGAACUUCUGGAAUCUCGAAGGGCUUCCUCUCGUGAAACUAUGGGAGGUGGGAGUGGUCCUGGAGUUCAGGCUUUGAUCAAGGCAAUUGAGCAUGAGCUUGAAGUCACUGUCCGAGUGAAUGAAGUACGUUCAGAAUAUGAACGUCAGAUCCAAGAGAGGGCUAAAAUGGCCGAGGAGAUGACCAAGUUAAAGGAAGAAGCAGAGUUGAUGAGGCAAAAUAAUACCAGUGAUUGCCCCAUAUCAAUGUCUUCUGGUGCAAGAAAUUCUAGAAUUUUUGCCCUUGAAAACAUGCUUUCAACUUCUUCCGCAACUCUAGUGUCUAUGGCAUCCCAGUUGUCAGAGGCAGAAGAGUCAGAACGGGUUUUCAGUGGAAAAGGACGUUGGACCCAAGUUCGGUCCCUUGCUGAUGCCAAGAAUUUGAUGAAUUAUUUGUUUGAUAUAGCAUCUUCCUCCAGAUGUUCUUUGAGAGAUAAAGAAGUGAUUUGCAGAGAGAAGGACAUGGAAAUAAGAGAUCUAAAAGAAAAAUUAGUAAGGCUAAGCUACUCACUUCGACAGUUGGAAAUGAUAAAUGCCGAACUUACUCAUAAGCUGAAAUUGCAGAGUGCAGCUUUGAAAAGAUACUCCGAACAUCCAGCGAAUUCAGAAUACUCUGACUUGACUGCUGGAGGUCACAAUUAUGACUUGCGCAAACAGGAACUCCGCCGGUCUACCCUUCUACAGGAGGAUAUGGAUAUAUCUGAUGAGACGGAAUCAGAUGAUUAUGAUGUGGAGGAAACAGAUGAUGAGUGGAAAGAAUCAGGAAAAUUAAGGGUUGGAAAAGGGGAAUCUAAAAGAAGACAUUCCGAAGAUUUCAGUGACAAAUUGAGUAAUAGAUUUGGAGGUAAUUGUUGUUCUUGUAGCAAAAGCUCAACGUGCAAGACAACAAAAUGCGAGUACAAAGCUAUGGGGAAUAGUUGUGGGAGUUCUUGCAGUUGCCUAGCAAACAAGCGUGCUAACAGAGCAUCAACCUUAGACGAGUCGCUGGAGCCAAGACAAUCUGAAUUACAUCUGGCUACUCAAGGCGCAGAAUUACUUCAGGCAGCACUAGCUGAUAGGCCUGCCGAGGCAAACAGUGAUCAAGGCCCCAGAGAACCUCUCUCUGACAUAGGAAAUACACAGGUCAAAUCUAAUAAUGCCCAUGGUAAUAAGAAAAAGAAAUUGCAGAAAGCCACUAUAAUUCUUGUUCCAAAUCUACCACCACCUUCCUUGCAAUCAGAGAAUUCCAAUGUCCCCAAACCCAAGAAACAAUUUAACAACAGCAGCAGCAGCAGCAAUGAACCAAAUGUCGCUUUCAAGAUACCACCAAAAUUACCUAGAUCUAAACCAGAAUAUGCUGCCUCUGCUCCCAAGGCAGAGUGUAACUUUGUGGACCCUGACUCACCUGUGAAAAUACCAAGGACUGUACGAAAGGCACCAUCAUUGAAUGGUGGCGUGCCAUUUUGGGACAGGAACGCUGCUGGUAAGUCUGAUGAAUCUGUCAGUAAGGAGCCUGAAGUGUGUGAAGAUAGAAGAAGGCCACGGCAGAAAAGAACACAGGAGGAAAAAGAGAACAACAGACGCUGAUUAAUAUCCGUUUGUUACCCUUUUCGGCUACAUUUGUAUAUAUACCAAAAAGGCCACAAGGAGUUAGUGUAAUGUUUAGAAAAUUGAUCUUCCUUUGCCUGCAGCAGAUAAACAGGGACAUAGAUGAAUUGCAUUGAUUUUUUUGGGUUCUUAUAACUCGUUUGGUUAACCAUUUUGUGCUCAAGGUGUCAGAUGAAAUGAAGAAGAUGCAACUUUAGGUAUUUUAAACCGUGUUCGAAUCAGCUGGGGUAUAUCAACUCUCAGCCUCUAUAUUUUCUGUUAAGCUGCCAUAUUUUUCAUUGUAAAUAAAGAUGAAAAAUUUGUAUAGAUUCCUUUAUUUUGUAGAUGUGUUCUGCCAGUUUUCUUUAUCAAAAGGAAUAUCAUUCAAUAUUUGCAUAUAAUUUAAUUAAUUUUACACACUGCUAUGAAUAGUUCUUCAAAUCUCUCGGGGUAUCCACUAUGCGUGUGGGUACUAAUGUUGGUGCUUUUCUAUAGGUCAAAUUUUAGCUUACAAUC